GCGGAUUCUUCUACAUCCGCACGCGAUUGCUUGAUUCCUUAUUUCACAAGACACGAGAGGAGUGAGAGAGGUUUGGUCAUUUUGUCGACGAGGCUAUUGUAUCAAAUUAGUAUCUCGUUUUCCGACGCAAAAUAGAUGCGCAACAUUGAUGUUGCAUCUCUAGUGCAAAUAACGACUUUUUGAAUAAGUAAUGAGAGAACGUAAUUAUUUCAAUGUUCAUGUUACAAUAAUUGUAAAUUCUGUGAAAGGAGUGUACGGAAUAGGAAACACUUGUUGCUCGCGAAGUUGUUGCUCGAAGGUGACAAGAGCUUCUGCUUCCGUUGGUGCUUUGCUCCGCGUACGGUGCCCUGAUACGUAUUAGGCGUGGCAGUUCCCAGUUUCAGUGGUUAUAAAGAAAAUGAUAGUACUCGAGAAGUUUGAAAUCGAUUAUGACAGUUAUAAUCGUGUUUGUAUUGCAGGACAGCGUGUGACAGGACGUAUUACUUUCUUUGCAUCAACAACGAAUUACAUACGAGGAGAAGCAGAAGUGGAGUUUCAUGACCCAUCGACUCUUCAAUACAAAGCUAAAGAAUUAUAUUUGGAAAAAAUUGUUUGGGUGGUUAAAAGAUCAGACACAUAUAUGGAGCUGCCUCGUGGUCAAAGUGUUUAUCCUUUUUCUUACACUCUCCCUCGUAACAUUCCUUCUUCCUUUGAGGGAACUUAUGGCCACGUGCGAUACUUCGCAACGGUGAAUGUCAUUCGACGACAGGAUACGAACUUUAAAAGUAAAGCUGUAUUCACUGUUUUAUCUCCUUUGGAUUUGAACUUGGAGCCGGAUAUGCAGGAACCAGUACAAAUAACUAAAAAAAAGUAUUAUUAUCAGUGUUGCUGGCGCAAUGGUCCAGUUACAGCGGCGAUUAAAGUUCGCAAAGGAUUUGUUCCUGGGCAAGAAUUAAAUGUUGAAACACAGUGUGACAAUAGAACCUCCGAAGACGUGGGUAUAAAUUUGUAUUUACUAAAGAUUGUAAUAUAUAAGGGCAAUUGUGAAUGGUAUGGAGAAAACACAAAGUAUGAUGAGAGUGUAGUCAUCAUGAAAUAUUUAGGUAAAGUGAAAGGACAUGAUUCUCAUAUUUGGAAAACACGUCUCAUAGUUCCUGAACUACCUGCUUCAUACAUGAGACAUUGUAGUAUUAUUGACAUAGCUUACUUGAUUAAGAUAAAAGUUAAGAUUGGCGGUUUCUGCUGUAGCCGACAUUUUAUGAACGUAAGUUCAGACGUGGUAGUUGGCACAGUACCUCUCGGAAAUCACGGCCAGGCGAUUUUUUCAGCAGAUCCUGUUUUAACCGUAAGAGUGCGCCAAGCACCACCGUUUGCUGGCGCCACUGGAACCUCAUAUGUGCCUAUUGUGAAUCCACAGUCUUCUGAAACACCUCCAUAUUCAGUGCCUGAAGAGCAUCCACCAGUGCCUUUUAAUGAGCCCAUCGUGCCUACUGCGCCCCCUUUGGGUCUGGAGACUUCCGAAAUGCCUCCUGUUUGGAGGCCAGAAGAGCAACCACCACCAUCCUUUUAUGAAGCCAUUGCUGCCCCUUGUCCACCUACUCAGGAGACAUUCGAUACAGGACCUCCAACGUAUGAAGAGUACUUACGAAUGAAGGAACAGACUCGUAAUGAAGACGUUGAAGGAACGCGGGAAGAGGAGGUGCAGUAAAAAGCUGGUUCUCCACAAAAGCUGUUUGCCGCCUGCCUGCAGAGCGCGUUGCGCGCAUCCUUGCGCAGGGGCUGUCGUGCUGCAAGCGAACGCAGAGUCCGCGCGAGUCACCAGUGCACUGGUCGACCGUUAAAGAGUCGACGCUCGCAUUCUAACGGUCCACGGCCGCUAAAGAGCCGAUGGCCGCAUUCUGUCGAUGACCGUUAAAGAGCAAAGCCGACGCUCGCAUUCUAACGGUCCACGGCCGCUU